AUGGCGUGGGAACUUUCAUCAUGGCUCGUAGUCAUGCGAGCGUUCCAGAUCGCUGCCGCUCUGGUGGGAGCGACCAUGAACGGCUUCGUCACUGCAACCGUCUUCAAGACCGGACACCUUGGAAUGACUAACAGCAUGCUCAUCCCGGAGUUGUUGAUCUGUAUGACCCUUGUCUAUGCUACACUCGCAGUCUUCAUCCAGCAUAGUGGCCACCGAUCCAAGAAGACGGGUUGGCUUAUCACUUUUAUCAUGGGCGAUAUCAUCUUUUGCGGGGUUGAUCUAGCAGUUAUCACCCUUCUUGCUAAUGCCGGGCUUCCUUCUCACUGUGGUGGAUUGACUACUACCAAAGAGGAUGAUCAUCACCAGGUGUACAAACCUCGACCGGGCUUUACUACGCCUGGAUUUACCUCUGGUUAUGAUGGAGGAAAAGGCGAAAUGGACAGGUUUUGUACUUUUGAACGAUCGUAUUAUGCUAUUGCUCUCGGGCUUGUGUUCACCUAUCUCGCCACCGUCAUGCUCACCGUCCUACGAAUCUUCGAGAGAAACUACACUAAAAAUUCUAAGUGCAUUGAAGUUCUAAACUCCCUCGAGCGUGCCGAUACCAUGGAAUCAAAACUUAGCGAUGCCUCCUCGCCAGUCAUCGAAGCCCCGAGACCACAUCCCGACCGAUCAGGACCGUCAAGUGAGGGUGUCAUCACCCGCACCGCUUCGAUCCGUAGUAACGUGACAGCAAUGACGUCCUCGACGGCCGGAAAUGGGCCAUACCUGUCCGGCGCAAUCCAGUCCAGCGCGAUCCAGCCACGAAGACCAGUUAGCCAGAACACAUCAGUACCAGCUCGCCAACUAUCGGUGAGCACCGUCAGCAGCAACAAUACUUCCCGACCAGGCGGGACAAACUCAAACUUCGCCCCAGUUUCUCCGAUAGGCGAAGAUGAGAUAGAUAUCGGGGCAGCACUAGUAGCCGAUGGACCGCAAUACCGUGCUCAUCAGUUCCACAACAACAUUCCACAUCAACAAUACCAAACAACCCAACAAUAUCAACCAAACCGUCAUCAACGAAAUCUGACACAGGGGACGUUACCUCCCCUCGCCGAAAACGACAUCCUAAACCCCGAAGUUGCCUUGUUAGCAGAUGGACCACAAUAUCGUCCCAAUCAACAACAAACCCAACACAGCCAACAACAACAACAACAACAACAACAACAACAACAACAAUACCAACACCUUUACGACUUCCCACGAAAUAUACCUCUAGUACCGCAAGGGGUAAACCUACCUACGCCCGUGAAAGGUGACUAUCUAGCCUUGGCGUCGGACGGAGCAGCGGAUGGUGUACAAUAUCCUUCCAUACGAUCACAGCAACAACAGCCUCAACAUUUAUCUCUACAUAUUUCACAAGGAACAUCACCUCCCACUGGAGGCGGCGGCGGCGGCGGCGGCGGGAAAACCGAUUAUCUAUCCCUAGCAGCAGACGGAUCAAACGACAACCCACAAUACCCAUUAAUCCAACGACAACCCAUCCCCCUUCAACACCACCACCAAAACCUCUCCCUUCAACAAUCAGCCCUACCACCAUUACCUACCAUCCCCGGAACAAACUUCAUAUACCCCGACAUCCCCACGAAUCCCCACAGCCACAGCCACAGCCACAGCCACAGCCACAGCGGCAGCACAACACCCACACCAACCCCCAGGAACAUAAACCCCAACAUCAACCCCAACUACGCCCCCGCAGCCCCCGCCUCGAGCGGACUAAACCUCGAACUAAGAUAUGAUGGAACGGGGAGGACAAACGAGCCGCCAUCACCAGAUCGAUACUCGAUAUCCAUGUCGGAUGUUAGCUCGGUGUCGACUGCGUUACCGCCCUAUCAGCGGUAUGAGAACGGGAUGGAACCACGGCAUGAACAGAGGGGUUCGAGGGGGUCAUAA